GCGAAGGCCCCCCCCCGGUUGGGGCUGGCCGCGGCGGCGCCUGCGCCGGGAUGUCGGCGGGUGCGGGGUGCCCGCUGGCCGAGGACAGCUUCACCCGCUUCUCGUCGCAGAGCAACGUGUACGGGCUGGCGGCGCUGGGCGCGGCGGGGCCGGGCGGGCUGCUGGUGGCCACGCUGAAGGGGAAGGUGAUCCACUUCCGCUACCACCACCUCAGCCACGGCCUGCGGCCCCUGGCCCGCGAGCUCCAGUUCACCUACAUCCCCGUGGACGCCGAGAUCGUCUCCAUCGACACCUUCUGCAAGUCGCCGCCCAAGCGGGGCCUGGUGGUGGGAAUCACCUUCAUCAAGGACUCCGGAGACAAAGCCACCCCCUUCCUCAACAUCUACUGCGACUACGAGCCGGGAUCCGAGUACGACUUGGACUCCAUCGCCCAGAGCUGCCUGAAUCUGGAGCUGCGCUUCACCCCGUUCCAGCUCUACCACGCCGAAGUGUGCGUCGGGGACCAGCCCGAGACCGUCUUUCUCCUCAGCGGGAACGACCCCAGCAUCCACCUCUACAAGGAGAAUGAGGGGCUGCACCAGUUCGAGGAGCAGCCCGUGGAGGACCUCUUCCCCGAGCUCCAGGAGCUGCCCAGCAACGUGCUGUGGCUGGACGUCUGCAACCUGCCUGGCUCCGGGCAGCGGCUCACGGCCCUCGGCUGCCAAAGCGGCUACGUCCGGGUAGCCUGGGUGGACCAGACCAGCAGAGUGGUGCUACAGAGCUGGAGCAUCCAGCAGGAUGGGCCCAUCUCCAGGGUCCUGGUGUUCCCGCUGCCCCUCCAGGAGCCGGCCCCGAGCGGUGACACUGAGGACCCACCGCAGGGUUACAGUGUGCUGGUGAGCAGCACCAUGGAGCUGACUGUUGUGUACCGGGACGUGCUGCGCCAGGGCCUGGGCGACCAGCUGGUGCUGCCGGGCAGUGACCAGCACGACAGCGUCCUCUGCGCCCUGGUCACUGAUGUCGACUUUGAUGGUGCCCACGAGAUCCUGCUGGGCACCUAUGGACAGGAGCUGCUGUGCUACAAGCCCCGGGGCCCGGGGGCCGAGUUCCAGCUGUGUUGGCGACGGAGCUUCCCCAGCCCCCUGCUCUCCCUGCUCUACGCCGACCUGACGGGCGAUGGGCUGCGGGAGCUGGCUGUCGUCUGCCUCAAGGGGCUGCAUGUCCUGCAGCACAGCCUGACGCAGACGGCGCAGUAUCUCCUGGAGCGGCUGCGCAGCCGCGUGGCUCGACGCUGCCCCCGGGAGGGGGAGACGGGGCCGGAGUGACGCCCGUGGGCAGCUGGGAGCCAGAGGGCUCGGGGCCACGGGACCUUACGCUUUGCAGACGCCCCCUCCCCUGGCCUUCCUGGAGCAGCGUGGCCCCCGGCGCCUGGACUCCUGGGUUCUCAGCCCCCGAACGUAACCCCCCCCAGCCGAUGUAAAUGCUCAUUAAACCCCCUUUCCCAGUC